AACUAAACUACAAGUCCCAGAGUUCCGCGCGGGGCAGAGCGUGACCUACGCGUGUAGUCAGACCAUGGCGCUGUGUAGCUCUGUGUGACAGGUUAGCAUCUGAAAAACAGCUCCGGACAGACGCGUCUGCGCACUGUUAUCCGCUGCCGACAGCGACGGCGGGCUGAGAGGCAAGGAUGGGGUCCCGAAUCAAGGAGAGCCCUGAGUCCACUUUUGAGGUGUAUCUGGAGGUGGCUCAUCCAGGCAGACACAGCUCUGGGCCAGAGGUGCGAAGGCAGUUCCCUGAAGACUACACAGAUCAGGAAACUCUCAAGACUGUGCCCAAGUUCUGCUUCCCUUUCAGCAUGGACAGCCAGACAGUCAACCAGGUUGGCCAGAACUUCACAUUUGUGUUGACUGACAUUGAGAGCAAACAGAGAUUUGGCUUUUGUCGCCUCUCCUCUGGUGCCCACACCUGCUACUGCAUUCUCAGCUACCUGCCCUGGUUUGAAGUCUUCUAUAAGCUGCUGAAUAUCCUCGCAGAUUACACCAUCAAAGGCCAGGAAAGCCAGCGGCAGGAGCUCCUGGUGUCACUACAUACGCUCCCUGUCCCUGAGUCUGGAGUCCCUGUUCAUCUCGGUGUGCAUUCCUUCUUCACUGUGCCCGACACAGGGGAACUCCCCAGCAUACCUGAGAAUAGAAACCUAACAGAGUACUUUGUAGCAGUAGAUGUCAAUAACAUGCUUCAUCUGUACGCUAGUAUGCUUUAUGAACGUCGAAUCCUCAUCUGCUGUAGCAAACUAAGCACUUUAACAGCUUGUGUCCAUGGAUCUGCAGCCAUGUUGUAUCCAAUGCACUGGCAACAUGUUUACAUUCCUGUCCUGCCUCAACAUCUAUUAGACUACUGCUGUGCCCCAAUGCCCUACCUCAUCGGAGUACAUUCCAGCCUGAUGGAGAAAGUUCGGGGGUUAGCUCUGGACGAUGUGGUGGUCCUGAAUGUGGACACAAACACCCUGGAAACCCCCUAUGACGACCUCCAAAGCCUACCCAAUGAUGUGGUUUCAUCUUUAAAGAGUCGUCUGAAGAAAGUUUCGACAACAACUGGGGACGGCGUGGCUCGAGCCUUCCUCAAGAGUCAGGCGGCUCUGUUCGGCAGCUACAGAAACGCUCUGCAGAUUGAGCCAGGCGAGCCAAUUACAUUUAAUGAGGAAACCUUUCUGAACCAUCGUUCCAGUGCCAUGAGACAGUUCCUGCAGAAUGCCAUCCAGCUGCAGCUCUUCAAACAGUUCAUUGACGGACGUUUGGAUCUGUUGAACUCCGGUGAAGGUUUCAGUGACAUCUUUGAGGAUGAGAUCAACAUGGGAGAGUAUGCAGGCAGCGACAAGACCUACCACCAGUGGCUGUUCACUGUGAAGAAAGGGGGCGGGGCUAUCUUCAACACCGUGAAGACCAAGGCGAACCCAGCCAUGAAGACUGUUUAUAAGUUUGCUAAGGAUCAUGCAAAAAUGCGCAUCAAGGAGGUCAAGAGCCGACUUAAGCAGAAGGAGCAGGCAGAAAACGGCUUCUCCACAGUGGGGUCGGGUGUCAUCGACGAAGACAACACGGCAGCUUUCACCUCUUCCACUGGUGCAGUCAGGAGGGAGGGACCACUACGAACCUUGGAGGACCAGAGGCCAAUCACUGUGCACUUUGGACAGGCUCGGCCACCAGUGCUGUUGAAGAGACCAAGCAGCAAUGUGAGUCUGGAAAGCAGCAUUGACCACUCUAUCCGUCCUACUCGUCACUACACAGUCUUUCUCUCUGAGGAUUCGUCCGGAGACGAGCUCCAGUACGACGAUGACUCCAUCUCUGGGUUUCCUGACAGCUUUCUCUUCUCCGUCCCUUUUGAGUGGUCGCCUCUGCCACAGCCAUACCGCUCCCUGAAGGAGGUGGAGUUGAUAGAAGGGGAUGAUCCUGGUUUUGGUGCAGAGAGUCACACAGCCCCACCCAGCCCGGUCAACGAGAAGUUCUCCAAUGUCAACCUGCUCGGCGAUAUCUUUGGCUGCCAGGAUGAGCCAGACAGCCAACCAAUGACCUUGGCUAAAAGUCUCGAAGACCUGAGGACUCCCAAAGACUCUGAUGAGCUACAAGCGAAAUUCACCUACCAGCGGAUGGACCUGAAUGUCGGUGAACAUUCACGAACGCUUCCUGGCCUCAAGCUCUCCAACCCUUACAACAAGCUGUGGAGUAUAGGGCAGGAUGAAACAGCCUUGCCCGCUGGUGUUCCUCCUACCUGCGAUAGACCUCCGUCUGUCCAACUUCCUGUGCAGAUGGAGACCCACUCUCCAAGCCGUGAAAUCUCUAGCCUGGUCCCUGACUCAUUAGACCCUUCCACCCCCAGCAACAUCACCAUUCCACGGCCCCACGGAAGGAAGACGCCUGAGCUUGGUAGUGUCCUCGCACCCCCCAUGGCCCAGUCGCGCUCUAAACCAACUGGAGCUGGUGAAGGAGGGACUACGUCAGGAGGACAAGAGUUUAGACAAGCCCUGAGCAUGACCACCGAUGGACAGCUACUGAAGCCCAACAAGAACACUGAGGACAGUAUGGAUCUAAUAAGCCUUCUAGACCCCCUUAACAGUUCAGCACCAACCAGUUCCAUUUCACUGAGUGACGGGGUAGAUAUUGGUGCACCAUCAUCUACUUGCAAACCAACACUACCACCCAGGUCUUACCCACAGGGCUUGCCUCCUUUUCCACUGCAUCCUCACAUAUCACUCAACCCCUUUGCCCAGUCUUUGAAGCACACCUCCCCUCAAAUGCAUUACUCACCGACUGUAAGUGGGAAUCCCUUCAGUGCAGUGUACGGCCCUCCACCAGGCUCUUACUUACACACUUCACCCCAGCCACAGUCCUUUUCUACACUACCGGGACUCUACAGACAGCCUUCACCAGGCAGUUCAACUCUGCCACCCAACUACGGACUGCUCCAGCCAGCCUUCCCCUCCUCAGUCUCCUCCCUGCCUCACUCCUCUGCCAGCAAUCACGCUCUUUCCAGCCUGGCGGACUCAUCCUCUAUGCCCAGCACAGCCAUGAACAAACUUCGUGCUGAGGGAGACAGUCAGAUGAUUCAGGAUCCUUUUGGGGAUCUGGUGACUAUGGCUAAGCCGGUGGCACCCCCCAAAAAAAAGGUGGAGGACCUCCGCAGGAGGUGGGAAACAUUUGACUGAAGCCUGUGAAUAAGUACUGGGUGCCCCUUUUUUGUCACUACCCACACUUCUCUCACUAAUGUAUCACAACCUUCUAUUGCAGUUAAUGCCACAUUAGUUCUAAUACACUCUGCUCUGCUUAUGCAACUCACAAUCAUAGAAAAACAAUGGCUGAAGUGAUUCAGCUGUUAUUAGCUCAAAGACAUUCUGAGGAAUGGUGGAACACUUGAGAGUUCUGUAAGAAUUGUCAAUUCCAAAAUGAUGGAUGGAUGAAUUUUGUGUGUAUUUUCAAACCAUGCCGAACGAUGAAAAAAAGAGCGAGCAAGCUAAAAUUAGUCAGGAAACAUUAGUCCAUUAGGGUUACAUUAUCCAUUUCCCCUGCAAAGUAAGAUUCAAGGUAUUUUCUUUUAGACAGCAUGUGGUUGCUGUUGCCACCUUCAUCUUUGUCAUUGUCAAGUCAACAGAUAGAGUAGACACCAGCGGCAAAGAGAGAGCUGCUGCAGCUCUCAUGAACAUGUACGGUUAUCUGCCACUGCUGUCUGAGUUGACGAUGGCUGAAUGUUCAUUGAAUUAUCCCUCAAUCAUACACGUCGAACAGUUAAAGUUGCUGUGUGUCAUAUUGCUAAUUAUUUCUCUUUUUAAGAUCCACUCUAUGAGAUGAGUAGGUGGAUAGCAGCAGCCUGUAGCAUAUGGCUCAGGUUGUUGGUGUGUCCGGAUGUAAGCAGUUGAAGCCGUCCAGUUGAAAUGCAUAACUGUAAUAUCUCCGGACAGCUGUCUGAAAGCACCUCUGCUCACAACUUAAAGGUCCAAAGUUUUAGUGGGAGCUUAUGGCAGAAAUGGAAUAUAAUAUUCAUUGGGUAGAACUAGUGUAGAACUAGUGUCAAUCAAUGAGGAUCUUUGUUUGUUCCUCUGAGCUUUUUAUACCUAAAAAGUCCCUCUUACAUGGAGUCCGCCUUGUUGAUUUGACAUGUUUUUACAGAAGCCCAGAAUGGAUCAAACCACACUUGUGCUUCACGGCCACCGCAGAUUCUCCUACACGCUUAAAAGGAGAGGGUGAAACGAGGGGUAUUCAGUUGGUUGCUAUCUGCAACUUCACUGCUAGAUGCCACUAAAGCCCACACACUGGACCGUUUAAUCAAAGUUAUAAUCCUUAAGAUUUCGUGUUCUGGUCAGAAAUAUUCUGGUCAGUCAUGGUAUUUGUAUCACCUCUCUGUAUAUGGGGGGAGUCUGCCUGUUCAGUGCAGGUCUCAAGUUUUGUACCCACAAAGAGGUUUCACAAGAAAAUAUGCAUGCAUAUACUGGAUAACACUGCACAUAACAAAUUGACCCUUCCAUUGAUUGUUUGGCUGUGCUGUCACUCUCUGAACCCAUCAGCUGUUUUCAGUCCCAGAGGGCCACAGCCAGUGUUUCUGGACUAUCAGGAGAAUGGAGAAUGACUUCAUCGGCAGCCCACAUAUGAAUGCAGAUAACUUAGAAAUGCUAAUAAAAAGCUAAAUCGUAGUCAAACGAUAGCUGAUGGGUUCUGUUCUACACACAGAACAAGCCCGCUCAAACAUGAUUGGUCAGUACUUCUUGGACUACAAACAGAAACCAGAAAGCUUCUGGUGCCAAGAUCUUCAUCUCACCUACAGAUUUUGCAUUCAUAUGCAAUAUAUGUGUAUUGAUUAUUGCACUGUAAAUUUAAACAGCUCUCCACCAAUAACCCCAAAGCAACCAGGACUGAAAUCUUAAAGAUGAUAACUUCAAAUAAAAAUAAACCUUUAUUACCAGGACACAAUUUGUAGGAGGUCCAUUCGUGAAUGAUCCUACUUCCUGCCACUUUGACUGUGAUACAUGACUUUUGUUGUAGACUGUAAUGUCUGCUGCUCUUGUGUCGUGCAUAUGGAGCACAUGGGAUGAUGUCAACAUUGGCUCCUAUUAUUAGCAGUAGCUUGUCUGCUAUAGUGAUGAACAAUCUAAUGGCAUUAUGUUACUGUAGCUACAGAGUGUGGUGCAUCUCGCUCAUGCAGUAAGUUUGUUAGUUGUUUUUGUUCUUUUGGCCUUUCUGGUGAACCCAUCUCCGGCUUCUCUCUCUGACCUGUGAAAAUGUGUUGCCUCCUACUGUUUUUUAAAAACACACUUUUUAAGAGAACCUGCGAGCCUGAGACAGACUGUAAUGUCCCUGCAGUGGUUUUAUUUUCUGUCUAAUUAAAUAUACGGGGACUUUGAAACACUUUAUUGUACAUGUGUUGUUUUAAAGAGUUCCUUUCGCCUAUUUUGCUGCUCAUAUAUGAACUCUAUUCGUUUCCUUCUGUUUUUUGUUUUUUUUGUGUGUUUGAUGACAGUGAUUGGCUAAUGAGUUGCAGGCUGCCUACACAGUGUGAUGUCAGAGAGCAGCUCCACUUUCUGUUUCAGUUCUUCUGACUUCAACAUCAGUGUGGGUGUCGCUCCUCGGCAGCCUUCACUGCUCUCCAGGCGAUCUUUGGGGAAUGAAUGCCAAAAAGUCCUAAUCGCUUCAAAGUGCUGUACAGGUCUGUGUGUGUGUGUGUGUGUGUGUGUGUGUGUGUGUGUGUGUGUGUGUGUGUGUGUGUGUGUGUGUGCGUGUGCGUGUGUGUGUUUUGUGUAUAGAUUACACUAUAUUUGUUCUAAGACUGAUUAAAAAGUGGUGACUAGUAUCCUACUGCACUUGCUUAAAAUACUCUUUCAUCCUAACCUGCCAGCUUCACUCAUUCUGUAUUGUGUUGAGCUGCUCACGACAUGGUUAUGACCUUGUUGUUACUUUUGUCUGUUGGUCCAUGUGUCAUCUCUGCUCCUUCAUAUUCACAUGACAUUUAAUAUUGAAAUUCAUGGUCCUCAUUAGUCCUGAUUAUUUGAACUUGUAAAGCGCCUGUCCUUUUCACAUAUUUCCACUUGCUCAACACUUUGGUCCCUGACUUUAUGUAUCAGACACAUUAAGGACUGUGAAUAUUUUGUGGUCCUCAGAGGAUGAAACAUGUUUUUGUUCACUCUCUGAUCUUUUCUUUAACACCGCCAUCACACCAAAAUGUACACUUGUACAAACAAAAUAUUAAAAUCAAUAUCAAAAUCCA